UUAUGUAUAUAGGCAAGGAAGCUCAAGCACAGCGAACAACAAAGCAUAAACACAAGAGGAAAAAUUAAAAAAUAGAUUAAAAAAAAAAAGAAGAAAGGAAAUGGCGUUGAGCUAUAGCAAUUAUUCUCUUGCAUGGUUCACUCUUCUCUUCUCUGUAACCAUUGUUGUGCUGCUGAAAAAGAGACGCCCAAGACAUGACGCCAAGCAAAGGCCACCUGGUCCUCCAGCUUGGCCUAUCAUUGGCAAUAUAUUCGAUCUUGGUGCAAAUCCACACCAAAAUUUAUACAAACUCGGAUUCAAGUACGGGCCUGUACUUUGGUUAAGACUUGGGUACAUUAACACUAUGGUGAUACAGUCUGCCAAGGCAGCAGAAGAGCUUUUCAAGCAUCACGACAUCAGUUUCUGUGACCGAAAAGUUCCUCAAUCUUUCACAGCUCGUAACUACUGCAAGGCAGCGCUAGCUUUAGGCCGGUAUGACUCCCACUGGCGUUUUCAUCGCCGAUUUGUCACUCUGGAGCUUAUGACCAACAAGCGAAUCAAUGAAACUGCUGUCCUUAGGCAAAAGUGCAUCGACAAAAUGAUACGAUACAUCGAUGAGGAUGCCUCAGCAGCGCGUGCGAGAGGAGAAUCAGGAGAGUUGGUGAUAUCUCACUAUGUCUUUGUCAUGUCAUUUAACUUGAUAGGUAAUCUUGCGCUUUCGAGGGAUCUUCUGAAUUCUCACUCAGAAGAAGGGACUGAGUUUUUUGAUGCCAUGGACAAGGCCAUGGAAUGGGGUGGGAAGCCAAAUCUUGCUGACUUCUUACCAUUUUUGCAAGGAUUGGAUCCUCAGAGGGUAAAGAAGAACAUGGAGCAAUACUUGGGUCGAACAAUUGAUAUAGUGGAGAGAUUUGUGAAGGAAAGGAUUGAAGAGAAGAAAUUAAUGAAAGAAAGGGACACAAGCGAUUUCUUGGAUGCACUAUUGGAGUUUAAAGGUGAUGCCAUAGAAGAACCUGAUGCGAUCUCAACUCACAGUAUGCUAAUAAUCCUACUGGAAAUUUUCUUUGGUGGCACUGAAACGACAAGCGGCACUCUCGAAUGGGUCAUGGCAGAACUAUUCCGCAGCCCAGAAUCAAUGAGACGAGUUAAAGAAGAACUUAAUCAAGUGAUCGGACCACAUAGGAAGGUUGUGGAAAGUGAUAUAGAUCAGUUGCCUUAUUUGCAGGCUGUGAUUAAAGAAGGAAUGAGGUUACAUCCUGUACUUCCGUUAUUAGUUCCACGAAAUACUAUGGAAGACACAACCUUCAUGGAAUACUUCAUAGCCAAAGAUACACAAGUCUUUGUAAAUGCAUGGGCUAUAGGGAGAGACCCAGAUGCUUGGGAGGACCCCCUGUCUUUUAAGCCUGAGAGAUUUCUAGGCUCUAAUAUUGACUAUAAAGGGCAAAAUUUUGAGCUACUACCAUUUGGAUCUGGAAGACGAAUUUGUGUGGGCAUUCCAUUAGCUCAUCGCGUCCUCCACCUUGCUCUAGCCUCUUUGCUUCACUGUUUUGACUGGGAGCUUGGCAGCAAUUCUACCCCAGAAAGCAUAGACAUGAAUGAAAGGUUGGGAAUUACAGUUAGGAAGCUUGUACCCAUGAAAGCCAUACCAAAGAAGAAGAUCUUACAAGAUUGAUAAUCAUCAGAGAUUAAAUUCUGUAUGUUUGUAUUGUUUAAGUUUUGCUGUUUCCUCCUUUUAGUGUGUGUAUGAAGAUGGCGAUGAAUGUGCUUCCCUCCAUUGUUUAAAAAGCCAUCGUUAUUUUUCUUUUCUUUUGCUUUCCCCUUUUAAAAUGUAAUCGAUGAAAAUAAAAAGACCUCAGCUAAAAAUGAUUAUGGAAUUUGAAUCUCUA